UACAAGUCUGGUGUCUCUCCCGCUGCUCCCGACUCAAGGUGUUCACUUCAUCUCUGUCUGACCACGGAGAGAGGGAGAGCUCGUCAUGCUGAGGAACGGCACGUACAGAAGCAUGUAUCAGGGAGAAGAGGCGAGGCUGCGCAGCGGGACUCUGGCUGUGGCUCGGGAGAGGAAACACCUUGCUCUGUGCAUUAAUAACCAGGAAGAAGUGAAGAGGUAUCAUCGCUACUGCAAUCACAGUGGAGGGCAAGCAGUUCCCAAGAUGGAGAGAAGCCGUCCCCGUAGGAGUGAGGAAGAGGAUGACAAUAGCCCUCGUCACAGAGAGCAACAAAAGUACCUGGAAAUCAAUGCUAUUGUGAUUCAGCGGGCUUGGCGUGCAAGCACAUCCCGCAGAGAGAGCCGGCAGGGACAAGGGGAGAGCCACGGUAGCCAGAGUCGGGGUGAGACGGUGCCUUCUGAGGGCCUCCAGGAACCUGUGGUGACCACUGAUCUUUCUCCGGAGCAGCUGAAGAGCCUCCAGAGUGGCUUCAAGCAUGUUAAUGAUGGGGGUUUCCAGCUGCAGAGUGAUCAUCUGACAAUGGACCUAGACAACAACAUCAAUAUCAACAUGCCACCCAUUGAGACCAAGGUGUUGAUUAUCCAGCGGGCUUGGCGUGACUUCCUCCAGAGACAGGAAGCGGAGAAGAGGAGCCCCUCGCCACCUUCCCUCUCCUCCUCUGACAAGAUGAGCAUGUCAAUCAGCAUGACAACCCUGUCAGAUGGCAGCACCCCAGAUUAUCGGGAGGAUGGCAUGGACCUGGGGAGUGAUGCAUCCAGUCGCUCCAGCUCAGAGUCCAAUUCCAACAAGGUCACACCUUGCUCCCCUUCUCUUGACCUGGCCACUUUGGAGGACUACAAAUCCUCCCCCUCUCUGGACCUGGUCACCUUAGAGGACUAUGAGGAAGAUGAGGACUACCAAGAGUAUAAGAAGAAGGUGAUAGAGGAGUGGGAGAGUGAGUAUGGAGAGGACUACACCUCUCCACAGCUUCCUGGUCAGGAGGAAGGUGGAGGAGGCGUUGUUGGGGAGGACAUUCUCAGUGAGGGCUACAGGAAGACAGUGAACAGUCGCAGCCUCGCUGAAGAAUUGGAGGAUGUGAAGACUGUCCCGCCCCUCCCAGCUUCCAGUGGACAAACAGCCACCUCGGUCGCAGCCGUCCCAGAGGAACUGAAACAGAACGGCAACCUGAUUUUGCCCAGGAGCCACCAGUUCAACUCCCCCGGUACACCACAGAGCGGCACAGGGACUCCUAAGCCCCGCCACCGAAGCUCCAGCAAAGGCAGGGGGAGCCGCAGCACUGCCAGUGGUGGUGGUAGUGGCGGAGGAGGCAGUGGAGGGACUGGGGGACGGAUGGGGGGAUACAAAGAGGAGGAGGUUGUAGAGGAAGAGCCUUUGCCCACCAUGGACUGGGCCGCCCUUGAGAGGCACCUGGCUGGGCUGCAGUGCAGAGAGCAGGAGAACCAGAACCUCAACCACAACCAGAACCACAUCAUGGGCAAGACCAACUACACCUCGGCCCAAAAGAAUGAGAGGGAGUCAAUCAGGCAGAAGUUGGCCCUUGGCAGUUUCUUCGACGAUGGGCCGGGCAUCUACACCAGCUGCAGCAAGAGCGGCAAACCCAGCCUGUCCUCACGGCUUCAGAGUGGGAUGAACCUACAGAUCUGUUUUGUCAACGACAGCGGCAGCGACAAGGACAGCGAUGCUGAUGACAGCAAGACAGAGACCAGUCUGGACACACCUCUGUCCCCCAUGUCCAAGCAGAGUUCAUCCUACUCGGACAGGGACACCACAGAGGACGACUCUGAGUCUCUGGAGGACAUGGACUUUGUUAGUCGACAGAAGAAGCUGCAAGCGGAGGCAAAGCUGGCCCUGGCUAUGGCCAAACCCAUGGCAAAGAUGCAGGUGGAGGUGGAGAAACAGAACCGCAAGAAAUCACCAGUGGCCGACCUGCUUCCACACAUGCCUCACAUCAGUGAGUGUCUAAUGAAAAGAAGCCUGAAGCCCACCGACUUGAGAGAUAUGACGCUGGGACAGCUCCAGGUUAUAGUCAAUGACCUGCACUCCCAGAUUGAGAGUCUGAAUGAGGAGCUUGUACAGUUGCUGCUGAUUCGGGAUGAACUACACAUGGAGCAAGAUGCCAUGCUGGUUGACAUAGAGGACCUCACCAGGCAUGCCGAGAGCCAACAGAAACAUUUGGCUGAGAGGACCCUAUCCAAAUAAGAUGCCAGUCCCUGCUCCACCCUUCCCCACCCUACCAAGCUAAGCUCCCGCUCCCAACCAGACUUUUCCCCUCUGGCCAUUCCACCUCGGCCCCGUGUCGAUCCAAACCCUGCCCGCUUUCCCAAGUAUUUUGCUCCUUGCUGCUUCCCCAUCUCCCCUUGUCUACCUUUCUGUCCAACCCACUGCAGCAGCAGCACCUGUGGUUUUCUCCCAGCGCUAAGGAUGGAGGAGCUCUUCCUGGGAGAAAAAGGAAACUGAUUGUGUGUUGUCAUGGAUUCUGUCCCCAGCUUCCUGUGCAGUGAUCGGCCUUGCUUUGCUAUUGUUUCUUUUUAACUUUCUACAUUCGCCACUAAAUUAUAACUGUCAAAUGCAACAAUUGUGGGAAAAAAUAAAAUAAUAGUGAAAAAUUAAGUAGAAAGUCAGUCAUGAGAAAAAAAAGAAACUAACUUCUUCAAGACCAUUUUAAGUUGGACAGUAAUUUUCAAGUAUUUCAAAGUCGACCUGUUUUUAUUCUGCACAAAUGGUAGUUUUCAACUGAGAAAUGUUUAUUUGAAGGUGCUAAAAGAGUGUAAGGAAACAUGCCUGCCUUGUAGUGGAGUUGUAGCUUUUGGUAACGUUCACUCUAAUUGCUCUUCAACAUUUUGUGAAUGUUGAUUUUCUGACACAAGUCAUUUUAAAUGAAUAAGUGUGUUAAUAUCGUUUUCAUCCUACUGUAAUCAGAAACUUUAUUUGAGGGAAGAAAUGUUUAUGUACAGAUAUGUAAAAUAAAGAAUAAACUUUGUUUCAUAUA